GGCUCCAGCAUGGGUUUGCGCGCUUCCGGCAGAAAGGAACGAUGGGAACUCGGUGGGGGAAGGGCUGCAGGUGGCCGGCCAUGGAGCGGAGCUUAGCGGUGGCGGGGCCGGGGCCACAAGAUCCCGUCUGACCGCGCCACGCCAUGCCCCUCAGCUUCUUCCAGCGACUUCUCCUUGCCACCCUGCUGCUGGUGAUCAUCUGGACCCUCUUUGGGCCUUCCGGGUUGGGGGAGGAGCUGCUGAGCCUCUCGCUGGCGUCCCUGCUCCCAGCCCCCGCCUCUCCCGGGCCGCCCCUGGCCCUGCCCCGCCUGUUGAUCCCCAACCAGGAGGCCUGCAGUGGUCCUGGAGUCCCUCCUUUCCUGCUAAUCCUGGUGUGCACGGCCCCGGCAAACCUGAACCAAAGGAACGCCAUUCGGGCCUCGUGGGGCGGACUGCGCGAGGCCCGGGGACUCGGGGUGCGCACGCUUUUCCUGGUAGGAGAGCCUCAUGGGCAGCACCUCACCGGUGGUUCCCAAGGGAAUGACCUGGCACGGGAGUCAGCAGCCAGGGACAUCUUGCAGGCUGCCUUCCAGGACUCCUACCGAAACCUCACCCUCAAGACCCUCAGUGGACUUAACUGGGCCGACAAACACUGCCCCAUGGCCCGUUACGUCCUCAAGACAGACGACGAUGUCUACGUCAACGUCCCUGAGCUGGUGUCAGAACUGAUUCUGAGAGGGGGCCCUAUGGAGAAGGGCAUGGGGACCCGCAAAGAGGCCAGGGCUGUAGAGGGAAAGCAGCAAGGCCGGGCUUUGCAGGAAGAGACCGUGCCACUUCUGUACCUAGGCCGUGUACAUUGGAGGGUGAACCCCUCUCGGACCCCUGGGAGCCGGCAUCAAGUGUCAGAAGAGCAAUGGCCUCCAACCUGGGGCCCCUUUCCACCCUAUGCCUCUGGCACAGGGUAUGUGCUGUCAGCCUCAGCUGUGCAGCUCAUUCUAAAGGUGGCCAGUGGAGCACCCCCUCUGCCACUAGAGGACGUCUUUGUUGGAGUUAGUGCACGACGAGGAGGCCUCUCCCCAACCCAUUGCGUCAAGCUGGCUGGUGCCACCCACUACCCCCUGGAUCGGUGCUGUUACGGGAAAUUCCUGCUAACAUCCCAUAAAUUGGAUCCCUGGAAGAUGCAGGAAGCCUGGAAACUAGUGAAUGGAUUAGAUGGAGAAAGGACCACACCCUUUUGUUCCUGGCUCCAGGGAGUCUUGGGCAUCCUUCGGUGUCGAGUCAUUGCCUGGCUUCAUAGCUGAGCAUCUGGAGUCACGGGAGAAAACACGGAGCCAGAACCUUCAAGACUACUCUUCCAAGCCCAAGGUAGGGGCCCUAGCUGGCUGCAGCAGAUGUUUCCUCAUACAAGACUGAGUCUGUCUCCAGAGGGAUAUAGGAGAUACCUAAGGACCUUGCCUGCUAGCCCCAAAGGUGGUCACUAGGGAUAGGGGAAAAAAAAAUGCUGGAGUUGUUCUGUUCCCUCCAGCCAAAGCAGAAGAGGGGAAUGAGUCACUCAAUAAAACUUGUCUCUCCACUCCUUCAAGUGCAGUGUCUUCAUCAGGACUCCAAGAACCUGGAAAGCCAAGGCUUCAACCCUGUGGGAUGGG